UGAUAAUUGAGCUGAGAACUUCAUCACGCAUUUUAUUUUUACUUGUAGCUUUGCUCUGUAAGUUUAUAUUCUGCUGUAGGACUCAAAAUGGAUUGCCUUGGUUCACUUAAGAUACCAAUUCACAUUUUUACUGAAAUUCUUUCAGAAGUUUUAACAGACUCAGCAAUAAUGGUCGCUUUUUUUUCAAUGACUGGAUUCCUAUGUUUGGCCUGCGCGAAAAUAUUGUACAUUGAAAUUAAAUUUAUGGAGGAAUAUACUUGCGACUAUAUUUGUUUCAAGCUCUUUGACGAUGAGCCAUUUUGUGAAAAAAUGACUUCGGCAACUUCGUCCCUUGCUUUGCCAAUGAGAACAUUUCUGAAAAAUCGUCUAUUCGGUGGGAAAGUGAUGAAUAAACUAAAACAUUACUAUGAAAGAAAACAAGGAGAAGUGUUGAAAGAAUCAGAAAUGCAUCAAAUCAGACAAAUAUUAAUGGAAGCCUAUUUGCAUCUUAGUGUAUUCUUAACGACUUCUCAUAUCAUCGAAUUUGAUUUUAAACCAUAUGAAGUCAAAGCACAUUUGCCUUGGAUGGAAAUCGAAAGAUGGAAUUCAAAGGACCAGACUUUCAGAAUGAUGUGUCUUUGUACUAUAUGCGACUUUUGUGACGAGGAAAACAGAGAUUUUAAAUUCUCUCAAGAAUCACCAAUAAUUGGAAUGACAGUGUGUGCUUACAGCAGCGCCUUGAUGGAAACGAGGAAAUCCAAUUGGCAGAUACUUGGAAACAACCAAUCAGAAUUAAUUGAACGGAAUAUGAGAAAUUAUAUGGAGAAAUGUUACAAGCAUUUAGCAGAUCUAUUUGAUCAGCACGCAGAGGAAGUAUAUCGGAUUGCCCAAAAAGUUAUUGCAAAAAAAGUAAUAACAUUAGAGGUGAUGGAAAAAGUUGUUGGAAAAUCGAAAUCCUUGCUUAGAAAGAGCCAGUCCAUGAAUAAUGAAAUUAUGCCAAAAGUAUCGUGUAUUACUGAUACUCAAUGGAAUUUCGUCAUAUACUACGCUAUUUUUUCUGUUUUUGUUAUGGUUUUUAUAUAUUUAAAAUAUUUCAAUAUCGUGCAUAUUCCACCUUUAUAUUUCCACGUCAAAACAUAUGCUGACAUAAUAACCUGUUGGUAUCCAAUUGUUAGAUGCACUUUUGUCAGACUUGUUUUUUUACCACACGCCCUCAAUUUUGUGUAUAAUUUUUUCAAAUAUAAAUUUCUUGCACGUGAACUUCUUUAUCUCUUGAGAGCCGGUUGCGAUGCUGUCAAAUCUUUUUUCUGUUACAUUUUAAACUUUCGGCAUUUCAAAACUCUGACAUUUCCAAACAGAAUUUUCCCAUCAAGUUCAGGCUUUACUCAGAAAUAUUAAACUGUCAAAGAGCUAUUCAAUGCUUUUUAAUUUUAAAAAAAAUCCUAUUUUUCAACCAUUAUUUUAAGGCAUCUAGCUUUUUUUAUAUUAUGAAAUUUUCAAGAUAUGUUCCAUGAUCCUUAACCCUUUCGUUACGGCAAUCCGCUCCGCUGAAGUGACGCCAAUGAACGAUGUGCAUCUUGCGUGUCGGUAAACUGAUGUUCGGAGUCUCUUAAUUAAGUCUUGCAUAGCAAUGAAUUUGGUGAUUUUGCAAGAAAUGCAAUCGACCCACGAAAGAUAUUAAACGUACUCAAUAUAUGCUUUUUUCACUCUGACUCCAGCUAAAUACGGUACUCAUACACACAGAUAGUUGCGUGGAUGCCGGCUAUAUACGGUAUUCGUACACACAGAUAGUCGCCUGAUGUCCGCGAAAUACGGACC